CGGGCGGCGCUGGCGUCGCCCGUUUCCCUCCUCGGUCGUUUCGUGUCUUUUCGAGCUGAUGUGUUGUGUGUGUUGCUGUACACAUAAAUGCAGGGGCUCGAGUGGCCGAUAAUGCAGUAGAAGCAACAUGUAAUUGGGUGGACACGGUGUCCAGCGGUCGUAGCGUCACAGGUCAGCGCAGACACGACCGGACACGCCCUUCGGACAGGUCUUUUUUCCGGGACAUGCGAUUGGUGACCUGACACAGACGACAAGGCACACCUUGCGUAGAGACGUGGACGACCUGCUUGUGUCGUGUCCCCUCGUCGAUUUCUAGAAAUAAACAUUGAAGCAAUGGAGCAAAGUGAAGAAUCAACCUGUCUGGAGGCAGAAAAAACGCCAACAAGUGAUGUCAUGCCAGCCAUGAGUUCGUCUGUUCCUGAAGAGGGUUCGUCCUCGUGUGACGCCACUGUCGGAACGGAGGAAGAAGACGAGAGGACGGAGCCCCUAGACAGGUGCAGCGACGGCAGCGACUCUGGUCUUGGUCCGGACGAAGAGGGCAGAGCAUCAAAUGAUUCGGCAUCUACUAUAUCGACCUCGAGUGAAUUUUGUCCUGCACCUCACGAACCACUUCCACCAAAUGCAGCUCCUAACAGAAGUUCCUUGAAGAGGAGGAGAGAUGAGGCUAACCUUGAAGGCUGUUCUUCGCCCAAGGCCAAAAAGAAGAGGUCCAUUUCUUUCCAGUCCGUGACUGUCUACUACUUCCCAAGGUCCCAAGGAUUCACAUGCGUCCCAUCUCAGGGUGGCUCCACUCUUGGCAUGGCAUCCCAGCACAGCCAUGUGCAGAGCUUCACUCUGUCAGAACACGCUUCGGAGCAGCGGCGGAACCAGAGGCAAAUGAUGCUGCAACUGCGAAACCAGCGUCUGGAAAAGGACAAAGAGGAGAGUUCUGAGUCCAUGGUGCCGGUAACCUCUAGUUCCAGUGAAGACUCCGAGAGUGAGGAGGAGGCCAGCGAGAUGUCAGACAGCGAGCUGGACCAGGACCCCAGCUAUUACACAUUACAGCCUGUUUCAACAAGGCAGAGGAGAAAUUUACUCAGAGCUGCUGGCGUCCACAAAAUUGACUCGCAAGAAAAGGAUUUGUGCAAAUUUAUUCGCAAAUCCAGAGAGACCUGUGGAUGCAACUGUGAUGGCUACUGUGACCCUGAUACCUGUACCUGCUCUAGAUCUGGAAUCAAGUGUCAGGUGGACAGACCUAGCUUCCCGUGUAGUUGUACCCGUGACGGCUGUGCCAAUAGCGCUGGACGCAUUGAAUUCAAUUUGGAGCGAGUGCGGACGCACUUUAUUCAGACGCUGAUGCGUCUCGAGAUGGAGAAGAAAGAGGCCGCCGAGCAGGAGAGGCGCAAGCACGUGGCCCAGUGGGGCUCGGCCACCGAAUUGCCCUCGGCCUCUGGGUUGCUAGGCAAGCACGAAAAGCCCGGGCUGCACCACGUCAGCCUGCAGCCCAACAUCGAGUCUUGUGUCCACUCGGGCAACUACAGCACCACCAUGUACGCGGACCAACCAACCACCAGUCGGGGAGAGACCCUCCCCGACCUGUAUUCCUUUCGUGACCAAGAAGAAGAAAAUUUCACGCCUCAGGAUAAUCUCGGCAACCAGGAGAAGAAUCACGUAGUAGAAUAUUUCGGCGCUUCUUCGUUCAACUUUGAAUAUGAGAGCUACGGUUUCAACCAUCAAACCGAGUACCACCAACAUCACCAUCAUCAGCACCACAAUCAUCAGCAGCAGCCAGGCCAGUUUGGCUUUGAUCAUUACCAACAACAUUAUCAGCAACACAAUGGUUUUAAGGAGAUCGAGUACCCUAGUCACUACGCCUCUUCAGACGUGCAGUUGGUUUACACGCACGAGGAGGUCGUCGACUCCAAAGAGGCCAAAUACACAAACCUGCACAACGCCCUGCACCCUCAGCCAACCGCCAAACUUGAGCCCUUUUCGGAGCUGCUCACUGCUCAGUACAGUCAGGAGUACACAACAGGCCAAGAACUGUAUCAUCACCAGCAAACGGCUCCUUACGAAGCAAGGGCUGUCGAGUCCGAGGGCUUGGCUGUGCGGCCGGAAGAGGCGGCGCUGACUCUGCUGGACGAGUGCAGCAACGAGAACUUCGGGGAAAUCAUCAAGAAGUCCAUGGUGGAGAGUGUGUCUGCUUGAACAAGCCAAAUCCACAAUCACUGCCUGCAAUGGGAGCUUACUUGUUGAGCCGAUGGACUGAUUCAAGGCAAAAAAGUGCAUCACUCAUUUAUUCUCAUCGUAGUUGCUUCUUUAAUUGCUAACCGACCAAAAUGUGAAAGGUUAUUUUGAAUAUUUUAAGAAUGACAUAUAAUAAUUUUCCAGGCUGUUUUCAAUUUUGGCCACAGGUUUUGUGAGUGUGUCAAUUUAAAAAUUUGCUAGCUGCCCAUCUUGUUAAAAAGUAGCUAUUUAAUAGUGGAAAAAUCUGUCCACUUCUGUGGGAAAGAUCUCUUCUUCUUUUAACUGUCCUUACUUCAUUGCAAGUAAACUAUUAGAUUAUUCCAAGAUUUUCCAUGAAAAUAUUAAAUUAUCUGUAGGAGAAAUAAGCUUUGCCUGAAUUUUUUCGAAAGACUUGCUAUUUAUCAACCAAAUCACUUUGUAUAGAAUAAGAGAAAAUUUUUGAAAAGCAAGGAAUGCGGCUCCGAAUUGCAAAUGAGUGAAAGUCUUAAGAAUUAGUGCAGUAUAGCGAAGAUUUUUUGUUUUGUACGGAUUAGGAAAAGAGUGAUGCUUUGAUGUAGCAGUAUCAUAAGAUCAAUUGAAUUAGUUCCAGUUGGGCAGGGUUUGCCUGUUAUCAAUCUCUACCUAAUGCCUUAUUCUUUCGUUUUAGUCUUAAAUCAUGCAACUUUUUAAUUCUGUGCCUUUAUUAAAUGCAAAUAUUCUAAAGCAAAUAUUCUACUUUUUCGUAAACUGUCUUUGUCUUGUCUGUCGUAAAAGAUUGUAAAAUUACUUCAUUAUUCCAAACCCUGCCUCAGUGAACUACUUUUCGUCUUUGUCUCUCGCUGUAAUCACUAUUAUUGAACCAAUCAAAAUGAUGACAUACACACCUAAUAAGAGCUCAAAUGAACGCAGAGUAACUAAUCUAACUAAUUAGUGCUUGUUGCUGUCUCGUUUUCGCCCUGUUUUGCAUGUCCGUGUGGAAUCAAAACAGAGUCAAGUACGACGUAAGCUCAACUGUGCAAUAGUCCAUGAGUUGCAAGGAAUUGAUAACAAAAAAAAGGUAGCACCCAAUCUUCUUCCUAUAGUGUUUUGCAUUGUUUCAAAACCUCUAAAUUACGCGACUCCAAUGUUAAUUGUUGAGGGAGGUGCUAAAAAUUGUUGCAUCACAUUUUCGGUUUACCAAUCACUGCCAAACCUCAUCUAGUGUAGUAGAGAGUUUGUCAAAUUAUGUGUCAACCUAAAGCACCAUUUUAUCAAUCACCCAUGAGACAAAACCAAAAUCAGGAUCUAUAUAAAAGAAAAAUUCAAUUACAAAUUUAUUAGUAAAUGUGGAAAAAAUCGUUUCUUAUGAAAUUGUAAGAGUUGUGAAACGACUCUCCCUGAAAUUGUGAUAUUAAGAUUUUCCAUUUUGUGCUGAAAGUUUAUUUGUAAAAAAAUUUGUCUACAAAAUUACUGAGCUGAAGUUUUCAUAUGCAAAAUGGCCCUGAUGUUUGUGGACGCAGAAUUUAUACAAAUCUCGAUGCCGUUUUUGUCUUUUUGAAAGACAACCGAUGGGCUUUUGUUACUGAAUCACACAUUCAUAAUGUAUCUAGAAAUUAUCAUAUAAAAAUGUGACCAUCCUCCGAUUAGCGUGUAAAAAAAAUCAAAUACUGAUUAUAGAAGAAAUGAAAAAAAGCACCCAUUGCAGAGUGUGGGGCGAAUGUUGAAACACAAUUAUAGUAAUUAUAACAAUUACAAUUAAACCACAGAAAGUAAUCACUGCGUAAGCAAACUGUCUUGAAAUAAUUAAAUGUUGUCAUGAAAUAUUCGUACGUAGCAGAGGUAGCUGACUAAUCAAUGAACUCUAAACAGUAGCAAGCAAUCAACAAACUGCUUUGAUUUGUAUAAUUUAUUGACAUGCAAAUGUGCUCGCUGUUUCCUUUAUCACUUAAUGUUUAAUUUAUUUUGUUGCACUUGAAAUCCUUUUAAAAGUCUUACUUUGUAUUUAUUAUAACUUUUCAUCACAUACAAUUUGUAUUCACUGCACUCACUUUUUAGUUUGUUUGUUUGUGGACGAGACAACGCACCCUGAGUCUGAUUGCAAGAUAUCUGUUGAACUUGCAUUUUUCUUCCUGGCUCUAUAUCAAAACUUCAUUGCGAAUGAUUUUUUUGUAAAAGAUCGUUAAAAUAAUUUCAUUUUUUAAUUCCCCAUUUUGUGGCGGGGAAGUGACAAAAAAUGUUGUGUACACUUCUAUUGAAAUAAAAGUUAACUAACAUUGCUUAA